GAGCUUUUUUUGCGUCUGGAUUAUUCUUGAUGGGUAGGGAAGAGUGCUUGAUGAUUGAUUGAUUCCGUGGUGGCUGAUGCUGAUGCUGGCCGGACUCGGAGAGUGGAGUAGGGCUGCUGUUUGUGCUGUCGCUGUUGCUGUUGCUGUUGUGGUUGCUGUUGCUGUUGUGGUUGCUGUUGCUGUUGUGGUUGCUGUUGCUGUUGUGGUUGCUAUUGCUAUUUGCGUUUCUGCGUGAAGCAAAAGCAAACUGCCCCAAAUUUAAGGACUAUGUAGCUAACUUAUAUGCGUACCGGUAGAUUAUUCCUUCCGGAGAAC